AUGGGUGGUAGUGAUCCUCUUUUGGAGAAUCUUAAUGCUUUCAAAGACAAAGUCAAGCCAGCGAGCCCAUUGCCUUCUGCAGCUGAAAAAGCGCUUGAAAAUGAUACCAAGAAACGACCAUUGAAGAAAGAAGAAAGUCCCGGAACCCCGGUGAAAAAGCUCAAAAUACCGGAUUCAAGCUCAUCUGCAGCAUCAGAACAAAGUCUGAGUGGGACGCAUUUAUCCACGAAGCUGUUGCUGGCAACAGAGUACAUUCAAGAACGCGGCGAAGCGGUACCAAUCGAACAGAUCGAAUCGUAUCUUUCUCUGUCACCCGAAAAUAACGUCAUUCCGCUGCUCAAGAACAUCAAUAAGAUCAAGUUCGAUGCAAAAUACAAUACACUGCAGUACGUGUCGAUCUACGAUGUGCACUCUGCCGAGGAACUGCUGCAGUUGUUGCGUGCACAGGUAACGUUCAAGGGCAUCUCCUGCAAAGAGCUCAAAGACGGAUGGCCUCAGUGUACAGAGGUCGUAGACGAGCUGGAAAACAAGAACAGAGUGCUGGUGCUACGGACUAAGAAGGACAACCAGCCCAGAUUUGUAUGGUACAACUUUGGAGGAGCAUUGGGAGGUGUGGAGGAAGAUUUCGUAAAAAUGUGGGAAAAUUGCAAAUUGCCACAGCGUGGGGAGUUGCCUCGCAAAUUGCAAGAUCUGGGUCUCAAACCGGCCAGUGUGGAUCCGGCAACUGUAAAGAGACAGUCCACUCGUGUAGAGGUCAAGAAGCGCAAACAACGCCGGGGAAAGAUCACAAAUACCCAUAUGGCAGGCAUUCUCAGGGACUAUUCGGAACGUGCAUAA